CGCAGAAGUAUUUGGGGGUGGCUAUGGAAAAACGAGGAAACGAGUUCGCCUCAUUCUCUCCUCCAGGAUGUCGGGCCCUCUGACCAGCGCAGCUUUCCUCCUGCUCCAGCUUGUCCUCCUGCUCGCCCCAGCGCAACGCCUGGAAGCCAAGCCACUCUCUAGCACACAUGGGGGGCGAAAUCUGGAUGGUUCAGCUGGGGUCCUGCGCCUCCGUCGUGAGCUUCGUGAUUCUCUGCCUUACGAAGCCCAGAUGAUGUCAUAUCCACCGGGGGCUGGUAUGGAGGGCCAAGGCAACGAGCUCCUCUACCAGCCAGAUGGCUGGCGAGGGCAAAGCUUAGGGCAGGCCCUGCAGCGAUUGGUAGAGGAUGACCGAAGGCGGGACCAGGAGGCGGCGUAUCUGGCUGGCUUGCUCCGCCUCCUCAGUGAAGGUGAAGGUAAUGCCCAGAGAGCUGGAAAAGGGGGAGAGGAAGAGGACGAAGAAGGCGGGGAUCUCCAGGGACCCUACCCACCUGAUUAUGAUGAGACAGAGCCGAGCAUGAGCAUGACUAAGCCCCAAGCCUCUUGGCAAGGCCUCCUGGACCCUCAGCUGACUCAAGCUCUACUAAACCGCUACCGGCAGGAGAGGCUGCUGCAGGCUGGGCUCACUUCCAGCGGGAACAAGCUGCAGGAGAGCCGCGGAGAGGCAGGAACGGAGGAGAGAGAGGAAGAGGCCCUCAGAUAUCUCGUUGGAAGAGUACUGUCCACUCUUGCGUCCGAAGCCCCACAGGGCGGCCCUGCCCGCCUCGCCAAGCGGGACCUGGCUGCUGUGAGUGGGGGGGGCCCUGGGGGUGUGGCCCCAAAACGAUCCCGCCGCUCGGUCGAUUCUGUGCCACUGCAGCCCCCCAACUCAGAACCAUCGCUGCUCCGAGUGAAGAGGCUGGAGGACCAGGAGAACAAGAUGGCGUCAGCCGUGGCCGGCGGGGUGUCACGGGGCCUGCAAAGAAUGAAGCGAAUCGACGGCGACCUGCCGCAGGUGAAACACAGCCGCAAGAGGCGAGCCCUGACCUAUGACCCAAACGUGCUGGCCCAGCGCAUCCUACAGUACCUGCCAGAGUAAAGCAGAUGUGGGAGACGCGGGAGAAAUGGGAGACGCGGGCGCGUGCGGCUAAUGUAACACCACACACACAUACACAGUACACCGACAUCCGCACACAAAGUAUCAGCUUACAAGGAGAUAGUCAAAGCUGUCUGCUCCAGGAUAAGUUAGCCUCUGCAUUUGUUGUGUGUUCUUCUUUUUAUUUAUCUGAGAAUAAAUUCACCUGACAAUAUCCAUUGCAGUCUAAAAUCAGUAAGCAGCUCAGAAGGAAAUGAACUGUCUGACUUUUAAGGGAAAACUGUCCGGUGGUAUCGAGAGGUCCUUGAGUGAUCCGUGGAAAUAAUCAAGCUUUUAUUAUCAUUACAUUAAAUGUGUGAAAUUCAGUUGUGUAAAGUGCUGCAGGUCCCUUGUUAGAUUUAUCCAUAUGAUGCAUCAAGCUGUGCCCUAAGCGGGUAUGAUAUGAUGUUGAAGGGCAGUUUCGUCCAAAACUAAAAUUCCAUCCAAAAUGCCCAUUUAAUGAUGUCCUUCCCCAUUGAUCACCUUGAGAAAAAAAAAAGUGAAACUAUCUGACAAUCCUGGCACCUGUUCCACUAGAAGAUCUCUCAGCAGCAAGUGAGGUGAGUGUCACAUUUGUCUCUCCCUGCGCUAAACACACUCUGCAGGUCCAUCUAAGUGGCACCACCAUGGGAGAAUGGGAUUUUGGGAUGCAAUGUCCUCUGCGGGCUCUCCACCAUGACUCAGUUUAGUCUGGACAUUGUGCUUGCCCUUAAAUAAACCAUCUUCUCCCCUGUUCUUACCUGGUCUUCACUGUGCAGCGGUGCGAUUCCAUGUCAAAUUCAACUUCUCAAUUUUCACACUCUAGCCAGGAAACAGUAAUGACAUACAGAUAUGAAAUGGUCCAGUCAAGAAAAACACACCAAACCCAUUACGGUCAACACACAGCAUCCAAUAUACUGUCAGACAGCAGAAUAAUCUCAAGCAUUAGCAGAUGACAACAUGGGAGCCAUUUAACACGUGCUUCUUUUGCUGAUCGCUUAAUGGUUUCUGGAAAGUUCUCAGCGAGAUAGGUAAUGAAAAACCUUGUAAGGUGGCAUUAACAUGAUGAAGGUUUCCUCCAGUUACAUUGCAGGCCCAAGAAUUUAUUGGAUAAUAAAAAAAAAAUAUAUUAAAAAAAAAUAAUAAAAAUUUUGUGGGUAAAUGUAUUCGGGAGUCUAUCCUGGCCUGCGCUGUUCUCCCGAAAUGCCGAACUGCUUUCUCGCACAGUUACCAAUGCUACAUCCAUAUUGCAUCUUUAAUUCGGAGAGCUGUCCGUGUCCAUCCUACACAGAUCCCCUUCUCCUCAUUCUGUUGUAGUAGUUUUGUGGACAGAAAGUCAAUGGUUCCAGUUAUUGUGGCUGUUUAAAAUAAUUGUGCAUUCUGAAGUUUUGGAGGAAAAAAGAUAUUUCAUAAACUCUCCACAGACUGAAUCACAGUAUAUUGUGAUGACGUGCUAUUUAUGACUUUCUGUUUGCUGUUCUUGGUCCAAUUUGCUUUUAACUGACACUGCUGUUUUCUGUUAAAUGUGAGGUAAAUAAAUGGCCUUUAAUUGCAAGCAUGCUGAUUCUGCGGAGUGAUGAUGUUAUUGCACUAAAACAAGGAAAAUAAAUGCCGGACAAAUUA